UCAGCCUGGUUCAGUGACUGAGACUAACCGGAGGUGAGAGCAGCGGGUGCUGUCCACAGCGCAGUCGGUGCUGAACCCGGGACCGGCUCCUCCCGCACCUCGAGGCAACGCCCUCUUCCACCUUCUGCGCCCUGCGGGACCCUCGUCACCAGCUGGACCCGAUCAACUUGACAAAGGAGUGUGGUAUCGGACGUGGGAGAGAGUCCUCUGUUUGCUACCUGGGCGCCCAUUCAGGCGUGACUUCGGGGAUUUCCAUAGUUUUAAACCAAACUAUUUCCACCUUUUCCCAGCAAAGACCAUCUUUUGUUUUUUUUUUAAUUUUUAAAAAUUAUUAUUAUUAUUACUGUGAUUUACAUAUCCACACCGUUUAAGAUUCUUUCCGGGAGACUUUUUUGACUGUUGAAAUAAGGUGUAAACCAAUAAGGAUGUUUAAGUGCUGGCCAGCUGUUUUGAUUCUUGGAUUCAUUUUUCUGGAGUCCGAAGGAAGGCCAACCAAAGAAGUGGGAUAUGGCCUUAAAUCCUACCAGCCUCUCAUAAGAUUGCGACACAAGCAGGAAAAAAGUCAAGAAAGUUCCAGAAUCAAAGGAUUCCUGAUUCAGGAUGGCCCUUGGGGAUCUUGUGAAAACAAAUACUGUGGUUUGGGAAGGCAUUGCGUUCUCAGCAGAGAGACAGGGCAGGCGGAAUGCGCCUGCGUGGACCUUUGCAAUCGGCACUACAAACCUGUGUGUGGAUCUGAUGGAGAAUUCUAUGAAAACCACUGUGCAGUGCACAGAGCAGCCUGCCUGAAAAAGCACAAGAUUACCAUUGUUCACAACGAAGACUGCUUCUUCAAAGGAGAUAACUGCAAGGCCACUGAAUACAGCAAGAUGAAAAGCAUGCUUUUAGAUUUACAAAAUCGAAAAUACGUUACCCAAGACAAUGAAAACCCUAGCGGUGAUGACGUAUUCCGGAAGAAGUUGUUGGUGGAUCAAAUGUUUAAAUAUUUUGAUGCCGACAGUAACGGACUUGUAGAUAUUAAUGAACUAACUCAGGUGAUAAAACAGGAAGAACUUGGAAAGGAUCUUUCUGAUUGUAUUUUGUACGAUCUACUGAAAUACGAUGAUUUUAACUCUGACAAGCACCUGGCUCUUGAAGAGUUUUACAGAGCAUUCCAGGUUAUCCAGCUGAGUCUUCCUGAAGAUCAGAAACUAAGCAUCACGGCGGCAACAGUGGGACAAAGUGCUGUUCUCAGCUGCGCCAUCCAGGGAGCACUGAGACCCCCCAUCAUCUGGAAGAGGAACAACAUUGUCCUAAAUAACUUAGAUCUGGAAGACAUCAAUGACUUUGGAGAUGAUGGGUCCUUGUAUAUUACUAAGGUUACCACAACUCACAUGGGAAAUUACACCUGCUACGCAGACGGCUACGAACACAUCUCUCAGACGCACAUCUUCCAAGUGAAUGUUCCUCCAGUAAUCCGGGUGUAUCCAGAGAGUCAGGCCAGAGAACCUGGGGUGACUGCCAGCCUUAGAUGCCACGCCGAGGGCAUACCAAAUCCUCAGCUUGGCUGGCUGAAGAAUGGCAUUGAUAUUACACCCAAGCUGUCCAAGCAGCUCACGCUUCAAGCAAAUGGCAGUGAGGUGCAUAUUAGCAACGUGCGCUAUGAAGAUACAGGAGCCUACACUUGCAUCGCAAGAAAUGAAGCAGGCGUGGAUGAAGACAUCUCUUCUCUUUUCGUGGAAGAUUCUGCUAGAAAGACCUUAGCUAACAUAUUAUGGAGAGAAGAAGGUCUGGGCAUCGGGAACAUGUUCUAUGUUUUUUAUGAAGAUGGAAUCAAAGUGAUACAACCCGUAGAAUGUGAAUUUCAGAGGCACAUUAAACCUAGUGAAAAGUUCCUUGGAUUUCAGGAUGAAGUUUGUCCCAAAGCUGAAGGAGAUGAAGUCCAGAGGUGUGUGUGGGCCUCAGCUGUUAAUGUCAAAGACAAGUUCAUUUACGUAGCACAGCCAACUUUGGAUCGAGUCCUUGUUGUUGACGUGCAGUCUCAAAAAGUUGUUCAGGCAGUAAGCACAGACCCAGUCCCAGUGAAAUUACACUAUGACAAAUCGCACGAUCAGGUCUGGGUGCUCAGCUGGGGUACCAUGGACAAGGCUUCUCCGACACUUCAGGUCAUAACCCUGGCCAGCGGGAACACCCCUCACCACACCAUCCACACCCAGCCGGUGGGAAAGCACUUUGACCGUGUGGACGACUUUUACAUCCCCAGCCCCACACUUGUCGUCACCCAUAUGAGGUUCGGAUUUAUCCUUCAUAAAGAUGAAGCCGCACUCCAAAAAAUUGACCUUGAAACCAUGUCAUACAUCAAGACGAUCAACCUGAAGGACUACAAGUGCGUCCCGCAGUCGCUGGCCUACACGCACCUGGGAGGGUACUUCUUUGUUGGCUGCAGACCCGACAGCACUGGGGCGGUGCCUCCGCAGCUCGUGGUGGACGGUGUCACCGACUCCGUCAUUGGCUUCAACAGCGACGUGACGGGCACUCCGUACGUCUCCCCGGAUGGGCACUACCUCGUCAGCAUCAAUGACCUGAAAGGCCUCGUGAGGGUCCAGUACAUCACCAUCAGAGGGGAGAUUCAGGAGACUUUUGAUAUCCACACAAACCUGCACAUAUCUGACCUGGCCUUUCAGCCGUCCUUUACGGAAGCCCACCAGUACAACAUCUACGGCAGUUCCAGCACCCAGACCGACGUGCUUUUUGUCGAGCUCGCCUCGGGGAAGGUCAAGAUGAUAAAGAGCCUUAAGGAGCCUCUCACGGCAGAGGAAUGGCCUUGGAACCGGAAGAACAGGCGAAUCCAGGACAGUGGCUUGUUCGGUCAGUACUUGAUGACCCCGUCCAAGGACUCUCUCUUCAUACUAGACGGACGACUCAACAAGUUAAACUGUGAGAUCACUGAAGUCGAGAAAGGAAAUACAGUCAUUUGGGUCGGAGAUGCCUAGGAGUGCUGGUAAAUAACCACUGAAUGAAGGGUUGUCCAGUACGCCGCACUUAAUCCAUUGUUUCAAUUUACAGCUUAACUUUUCAAGUUUAUAGCCGAGUCAAACAUAAGUUACUUGGUCGGCCCAAAUAAAAUAGACAUUGUUUUCUGGCAAAGACAUACACAAUUAGUACUAUUGGUUGAUUAGAAACGUUUAACACAAUAUUUAUUGGGAAACCAUAUCAAUCACAAGAAUCAAAUCUAUAGCUAUGUUUAAGCCAAUAAACUAGAAAUUUAAAUACUCCAGAAUAACUCAACUGCAGGGAAUUUCAAAUGACUUUAAGCACCAUUUCAUUCUGAGGGUGGUUUAGCUAUUUUUUUUUUCUCCAUUAUUUUGCUGUGCUUAAACCAGAAAUAAAAGGUAUGGAACCUUGAAAUUCUUAAAUCAAAAAAUUCUGUCCCAUCCACUGUUUAUAAUCUUUUGUGCCUUGAAGGGAAUGUCACAGGAGGAAAAGGAAGGCUAAAAGCUGCAUAUUGAACACCUGCAUACCCAUAAAUAUCUUGUCAUUAAAAGAGAAAAGUCUAGCAAAGUCUAGCAUCUUUUGCACCAAACCCAGGCUUGGGUCAUGUGUUCAACCCUCAAUGAGCUAUCAGUUGAAGACACAAAUUGGCCUUAGGUUGUACACAGGUGACAAACUCUAUUUGACAUUCAUUGUACAAUCUGCAGCAUGCUAUGGAAAAUGGGGAGGAAGGGAGGAAAACAAUUAUGGGAAAAUGUUUGCAAAGUACUGUCCACUCAAACGUUGCUUUCAAUCACAAGAGCGCGUUAUAUUUUUAAUGCAAGUUUGUCUGGGAUGUCAGCUGCUUAAGAUUGUCUGCUGUUAGCAGAAGAGAUUUUUUUUUUUCCUUUCAGGUAGUCCAGUGUUGCAUCGGCAGGAACUUUCAUUUCUAAAAAAAAAAGAAGCAUUAUUUAUGUCUGCUUAGAGUAAACCAAAUAGGGAAAUAACAACCGGGAGAAGAAAACUGGCUAGAGGACUGACGAGCAUCAGCGGGUUGGGAGGAUGCGCGUUAGAACCUGGGAGUCGGGGGACAGCGCCACAGUGGUGAGGAAGGAUGUGCUUCUUCAUUGCCACUGCUGUUUAAAUAUCACCCUACAAAGGACCCCCUUCUUUAUUAACUUUCCUAAAUGACUUCUGUUUGACUCCUACAUAAUCCUUAAAUGACUCUCGCUGACUGUGUGUAGUUCAAAACCUAACUAAUCCUCUUAUUUGAGACACUGCAUAGAGGUAAAAAUGAUUGUUUCUCUUUUUCAGGGCAAAGAAGAGGCCAGUAGAAGUGGAUUAAAACUAGCGAGUAGGUUCAUUGCAAUAAGCAGAUAAUUAUACAGGCUUUAAGUGAUAGCUUCCAUGUUUUGAGAAUCUUUUUGUUUAUGUUUUUUUGUUAUUGUUGCUAAAAAUGCUAAUGAGCUGUUGAAAUGACCUCCAUUUAUUGAAGGUAAUCCAAUAAGGUCUUUUUUUAAUACAAAUUUUUCUCAAGGUUGUGUAAAACUGCUUAGAAACCUGAACUUUUCUAAUGUGUCAUAUCUUACGUGUAUAUAGCAUCCUGAGCUGUGUGAUACAGUAGAUUUCUUCUUAGCUUAAGGACACAUAAUGGGAGGAGAUGUAAAAAAACAACAGAAAUCAGCUUACGUUUCUACUUCUCUGCUUUCCUUUUUAGCAAAGUUUCUCCUUUGUGAACAUGCACCAUCUGCAGUGUCUGUGCCCUAAUGAUUUAAUGGAAGUCUGUCUCAAACACCCUUCUUUGGUAGCUUACACCACGUGGAUGCUCUGUCUGUAGACAUUGCUUGAUAAAAGAAUAAACCUCUUACAUUUUAA